AACCCUCUGGGGCAGCUCUACUCUGUUGCAUGGGGUCGCCAUGAGUCAGAAUCUACUCAACAGCACCCAAUGAGAACAUCAGAAAGUUGGCCUCUUGGCCUCUCCUCAGGGAAACGAGCUGGGUCUGUUCCGUGGGGAGCUGCUCACAGGGUCCGAGGGCUGAGCGUGCCGUGAGUUUUGACGCUCAGCUUUUCAAAAUAGGAACUUCACCCUCUAAAGCAGAAGGGUGUUUUUUUUUUCUUCUUCUUCUCUUGUGGUUUCAUAGCAAAUGUGCGACAUCCUCUACUUAAAGACCAAGCAGAUGUCGGGCACUGAGGGGUGAGUGUGGCCGGGUUUCUGGUCCCCCUCCCUCAGCCCUUUCAUUUCACCCGGUCAUGCUUGACAGAAAGCCUGCCUGCUGGGAGAAUGGCUCUGACAAUCUCCCAUGUGUUGUCAGAUAACGCCAUAGAAGUCCGCUUCUUAGAACCAGUCAGAGGCAGGCAGUGACACUGCAGAGCCGCCCCUGGGGCCGUGGUAGUCGGCGCACUCUCAGGAAUCUGUUCACAUCACCGGCAUGAAAGGUGCCAGCAUCCUGGACCGGCCGCCCAUGGCACUCUUGGCCAAGGCACUUUAUGACAACCAACCCGACUGCGUUGACGAACUAGCAUUCUGCAGGGGAGACAUCUUGACCAUUCUGGAGCAAAAUGUGCCAGAAAGCGAGGGCUGGUGGAAGUGUGUGCUCCGCGGCAGGCAAGGCCUGGCCCCUGCCAACCGACUCCAAGUGCUCUCAGGAGCCCCUGCAGACAGGCCCUUCCCCCCUCUCCUGGGAGGCCCAGAAACAGCUCUGGCCAGCUCAGAGGAAGCCCACCAGAUGGCCUCGCUGCUGUCCCCUCCACUUCCAGGCCCCGUAUACGAGCACAUGAGGAGCUGGGUUGAGGUCCCCCCACCAUCCACUGCCCAAGUCUAUGAAUUCCCUGACCCACCUCCCAGCGCCAGAAUUGUCUGUGAAAAGACUCCAAGCUUUCACAAAGAGACUUUCCUCACACUUCCCAGACCCAUGCAGUCCUCAUUGUCAGCUCUGCCUUCCCAGGUGUAUGACAUACCUACCCAGAGCCGGAUCCUCCCAGCCAUUAAGAUGCCGGAAAAGCAGCAGUUAUAUGACAUACCAGCCAGCCCUCAAAAGGCAGGACUGCAGGCUCUGGGCAGCCAAGCCAGUGAACACAGUGCUCCUCUGACAUCACUGAUGGCUGGAAGAGGCAGCUACAGCACAUUACCAAACCCUCAGAAGGCAGAAUGGAUUUAUGACACUCCGGUGUCUCCAGAAAAAGCCAGUGUGAGAAACACGCCUCUGAGCAGCUUGGGGGAAGAAACGAGGUCCCACUCUCUUCCCAGGCUUGUCCCCACUUUCCAUGGUCCUUCCCUGGAUAGCAGGGCAAGCUCCCUCAAUCAACAUACGUACAAAAAUGUGUCCAGGCAGAAGAAACUCAGUCUUCCAGAAAUUCCUGCUUAUGGUCUUCAGGUACCUAGGGACACGGAUGCCCUGGAUGAGGGUGUCACCUACAAGGUUCCCUCAAGCUUUCGGAUUCCCCGAGUGGAGCAGCAGAACACCCAGCCAAACAUUUACGACAUCCCUAAAGCGAUGGCCAACAUUCCUCCAGGUGUGAAAGAGCUGGAGAAAGCAGGCAGGGCCACCAAGACUUGCGUGGACCACAGCUCCUCAUGGUUCUCUGGACAGGCCACAUCCACGUCUCCUGAACUGGACUUGCCGUCCGUUUCCAGUUCUGACAGCAGCAGGGCCAGCGUGGUUUCUUCCUGCUCCACCAUGUCCACAGAUUCCUCCUCAAGCUCGUCCUCAGAGGAGUUGGCAAAGGAGCUCUCCAUGGACCUGAACGUGGCCAAGGAGACAGUCACAGCCCUGCAGCACAAGGUGGCCAGAGCCGUGGCAGGCCUGAUGCUCUUCGUAAGCAGGAAUUGGAGAUUUAGAGAGUAUCUGGAGGCCAGCGUUGACUCUGUCCAUAGGGCCGUGGACCACGUAGAAGAAUCUUUAAGAGAAUUUCUGGAUUUUGCCCGAGGGAUCCAGGAACUGGCCUGUCACCUCACUGACAGUAACCUUCAGGCCAGAUUUAAGGAUCAGCUCCAGACAAUCUCCCGCUCCUAUCAGACCCUGCUGGAAACAAAGGAAAGCCUGGAUAGCUGCCAUUGGUCCCUGGACGUUCUUGUGACGGACAAAGUGCAAAACAACCCAGAUGACCUGGAGAGAUUUGUCAUGGCGGCACGGAUGGUUCCAGAAGACAUCAAGAGGUUUGCCUCCAUGGUCAUUGCCAACGGGAGGCUCCUUUUUAAGCAGAACUGUGAAAAGCAAGAGACCCUACAGUUGGCCCCAAAUGCAGAAUUUAAGCUUAAGAAAUGCAUCCAGCUUCCCCAGAGGGAAAAUGAAUCAUACCAAAGGAGCACUCCUUUUAAUAAACAAAGGGAAAAUGACCACUUCCCUGAACUAGUGAAGAAAAACAAGACAAAUGUCUGUGGACAGUUACCCAACCUAGAAGAGAAAGAAAAGCACAUCUCGAAACAAAGGGUAGAUAAAAACAAAGACUUAAGAACAAAGCACCCCUUUCUUUGGAAAAGACUUUGAUCCACGUCACCCGUGUUCUGACGCUAAAGUAAGGCCUCCAGUGUUCACUUUUGUCAUUCCAGCACUUCUCCCUGAAGCCUGCAGAGAGCUGCAGUAGAGGCCGAGUUCUGUGCACAGCUGGCAGGGGAAAAGCCAGCUGCCUGUGGUACCGCAGCCAGGAAGGUGCUGCAUGGACAGGAUGCCUCUCUCUGGGCACAGGUCUGGAAGUGGCACCGAGCUGCCCUCAAGUCAAAUCACCUCCUCUUCCUCCCCUGACAGCUGUGCCUUUAGCUCAGCGUUGCUAUGGUUACAUCAUCCCUUCACUUCAAGUGAAGGUCCACAUCUCUGUGCUCAUGUCAGCCACAUAAACAGCUUUGCGGCCUGCAAGCGCCACCACACCUCAAAUGGCACCAAGUCCAGCUCCCAUCUGCUGCUCUGCAUCGGGUCAGCCCUGACUCACAGCGGCCCCACGUGUGUCAGACUAGAACUGUGCCCCACAGGGCUUUCCUCAAAUGGCACCAAGUCCAGCUCCCAUCUGCUGCUCUGCUUCGGGUCAGCCCUGACUCACAGCGGCCCCACGUGUGUCAGACUAGAACUGUGCCCCACAGGGCUUUCCGUGGUGAUUGUUCAGAAGUAGAUCACCAGGCCUUUCUUCCAAGGGGGCUCUGGGUGGACUCAAACCGCUAACCUUUUGGUUGGCAGCUGAGUGUGUUAACCAUUCACACCACCCAGGGACUCUUGCACUUGGUCCCUGAAACCCAAACACAUUGCCAUCGAGCCUAUUCCAACUCAUAACGACCCUGAAGGACAGAGUAGAGCUGCCCCACAGUGUUUCCAAGGCUGUGUAUCUUUAUAGAGACAGACUGCCACAUCUUUCUCCCACUGCUGCACUUGGUAAGCACUUUUAAAAUACGGUUAUUUUUAUUGUGUUAGUCUCAGGGUCCUUAAAAAUGAAUCCUCUCUCCAUGAGGCUUGCUUCUCUAUGAUUGGACAGAGAGACCCUAAAAGACCACGUCCUUUGAAUGGCUGUGGUCUGCAUCAGUUAGAACUCCUUCUGUUACAAGUGAUAGAAAACCAUACCCAAUCUAUCUUCAGCAAUAAAGAAAAUUCAUUGACUCAAGUAUCUUAAACUAAUCCAGAAGUAGACUGGUUUCUAGCCUGAUUAGUUUCAGGGGCUCCAAGAGUGUCACAAAGACCAUUUCUCUGUCACACUUUCUCUAGGUUGACACCUAUGAUUGCAAGGUGCUGUCCCAAGGUAUGUCCUUUUGGGUUUAUGUCCACAGAAGAAGAAAGAACAAGAGACUUCUCUCUGCAGGUGCCUGUCCCUGAAAUUUCCAUGAUGGGCAGUGGCAUGCAGUGCCCAGGCUGACCUAGACCUGAAAUCUACCAGACAUACAGACACACACUCUCCCAUGUGUCCUGAGAGAGACAAAGGGAUGGCUCCGUCAAGAACCGUGAACUGUCUCAGAUUUUAUGCUACUUCAGGCUAAUAAGUGAGCUUGCCACAGUUUCAUGGAUGCUGAUAGAAGACAAGAGAUUCUGGGGUUGGAGACUAAGGACUCUUAUUCCUCCCAGUGUAGCAAAGAGCUGGACCUUUGUCUUCACAUCAGUUUCCCACGUCCAAGUCCCAGGGGGGCGAUGCAGAGGUGGGCUCAGGUGGAUCCUAUGCUUAUGUCAAAGCCAAGAGACCCAGCAUAGGAAACUCCAAUCUUUUAUAAGGGGAUUCAAGCAAACCUGACCAAAUUUUGUCUCAGAGGGAAACAUUAUCUUUAUUAUAUUGGAUUGCAAACAAACCUGCCCUUCUGCUCUUGAGGGGUACUCUAUCUCUGUCUUCCAAGGGUGUUUGCUUGCUACAAAUGUUCUUGAAAAGACAGUCCAGAACAAAAUCCUGUCAGUGCAUCUGUUCAGCAGACAAGCAGAAAUAUGAGAAAUCCAUGGAGAACUGUCUCCCAACAGGAUCCUCUAGCAAAAGUCUAGACUGUCGUUGGGAGAAGGAGGGAUUGUUGCAGGGAGACGGACAAUACAUUUUUACUCCUCUGGGCACAAUUAUUUUUCGCAUAAUAAUAGCCAACAUUUAUUGAGGGAUUACUGCAUGCUAGGUACUGUUCUAAUGUUUUAGAUGUUAUAACUCAAUCCUCCAUUAGUAACCUGCUCUCUAAGAGAUAAUGAAGAGGUCCUAUUGGUUUUAGAACUAUACACACACACAUAUAUACAUAUAUAUAUACACACACAUCAUGUGUACAUGUAUACAUUUGAAAUGAGUUAAAACCAAGGACAUUUAUUCACAAAGUACAAAACCAUUAGGUUUAAAUUAAUGAAAAAUGCUGCUCUUAGCUAAAUGUACUUCCUUCCUUUUUUGAAAGAGAGAGUUUAUGGGAGGAGUUCCCUCUGAUUAAUUCAGUAAGACAAUUACUUCUGAAAAUGUUUAAAACAUAGAAUAAAACCUUUUUAUUUAUUUAUUUAUUUGCUUUUGGCUAAGCCCUUUUGUUUAAACGCUGGAGUUGUGUACCAUUUCCUCCCAGUAAGGAAGAGGAAAUGGUGGGUAGUACGGUGGUAUGGUGGUGGUAGCAACUCGACCACAGUUAAGGUAAACUUCAUCAGGAGGAUGGUGGUGAGGAGCCUGUUUAACAGAUCUUACAGGGUGACAAACCCAGGAGAGUCAUGUUCCUGUUUGGUGGUUACUAUUUUUUGACAAAACAUCUUUUUCUUUUUUUUAACAAGAUUUCUUUUUAAAUUUUUUGUUUUUCCUGAAUGUGCUCCGUGUCUCCAAAUGUUACCCCUUUGUGUUUGCACUCACAACAAGGUGAAAAGAUGCUAUUCCCUUCUGCCUCUUUUUGUUUCGCCCAUUCACUUAACAAUAUUUAUUGAUCUGCCAGCCUGUAGCUGAUUGCUGGAGAUGCUGCAGGGAACAGAACAAAGGCUCUGCCCUCAUAGCGCCUUCAUUCCAGCUGGAAGAGACAGGAAAUCAGGGCUGGGACAGGGUGAGGAGAGUAAGGCACUCUCCUCAGAUGCAAGAUUUGAAGGGUCAGCAAAAAACUCAGCCAUCAAGAUAAAUAUUACCAAGAUAAUAUUCUGAUGCAAUACUUCAGAAAAACAACAUUAAUGCAAAAUGGAAUCCAAACUUCCUGGAACCAUGAAGGCUGGAUGAACCCCCAAGACUACUGCCCUGAGAUAAUCUUUAAACCAAAAAUAUUCCAUGAAAACAAAAAAGAGCAAUGAUGAAUCUGCAAAGCAUCUCACAACAUGGAUGAAUCUGGAGGGCAUUAGGCUGAGUGAAAUAAAUCAAUCACAAAAGGGCAAAUAUAUAAGACCACUACUAUAAAAACUCAUCAUAAGGUUUACACACAAAAAGAAACAAUUUUUGAUGGUUACGAGGGAGGGGAGGAGUGGGAGGGAAAAGCACUAACUAGACAAUAGAUAAGUGGAAACUUUGGUGAAGAGUAAGACAGUACGCAACACUGGGAAAGCCAGCACAACUUGUGCAAAGCAAGGUUAUGGAAGCUCCAUAGACACAUAUGCAAACUCCCUGAGGGACCAAAUUACUGGGCUGAGGGCUGUGUGGACCAUGGUCUCGAGGAACAUCUAACUCAACUGGUGUAACAUAGUUUAUAAAGAAAAUGUUCUACAUUCUACUUUGGUGAGAAGCGUCUGGGGUCUUAAAAGUUUGUGAGUGGCCUUCUAAUAUACUCCACUGAUCUCACCCUGUCUGGAGCAAGGGAGAAUGAAGAAAACCAAAGACAUAAGAGAAAGAUUAGUCCAAAGGACUAAUGGAUCACAACUACCACAGCCUCCACAAGACUGAGUCCAGCACAACUAGAUGGUACCCAGCUACUAGCACCUCCUGCUCUGACAGGGAUCACAAUAGAGGGUCCCGGACAGAGCUGGAGAAAAAUGUGAAACAAAAUUCUAACUCACACACACACAAACACACACAAAACAGACUUACUGGUCUGAUAGAGACUGGAGAAAACCCAAGAAUACAGGCCCCGGGUACCCUUAUAGGUCAAUAAUGAAGUCACUCCUGAGGUUCACCCUUCAGCCAAAGAUUAGACAGGCCCACAAAACAAAAUGUGACUAAAUGGGCACACCAGCCCAGUGGAAAGACGAGAAGCCAGGAGGGGACAGGAAAACUGGUAAUGGGGAACCGAAGGCCAAAAAGGGAAGUGUGUUGACAUGUCGUGGGGUCGGCAACCAAUGUCACAAAACAAUGCAUGUAUUAAUUGUUUAAUGAGAAACUGUUUUGCUCUGUAAACUUUCAUCUAAAGUAAGUAUAAUAAAAAAAAAAAAAUUCCGAGAUGUCUUCUUUAAACCAAGCAAUAAUUUAGCAUAACUAGUAAAGAAUGUCUGCCUUGAGCACUGUGUUCUUUUAAUAACUAUCUAUACGGCAUCAAAAUGACAACAGCAACUCGAAAAGUUAGAUAAGCAAGUUGGGAGGGCAGUGAGUUUUUGCUAA